CCCAAAUGAAAUCAUGAUUUGGUCAACAAAAAGAAAAACAACCAAUAUUCUUUCAGGUUGAAUUUGACCUUUUGAGCACACAGCAGAGUCCUUGAACUGAAGAGCCAGUGUCCCUUCUCCUUCACUUGUUAAGUGGCAAGUGGAACCGCAAAACCUAAAACCACUCCUUCGCUUAACAAGCCAUCACCAGAAUUCAUUCAUAGCCUUCCUUCACCUAACCCUCACAACCUCCAUCACUUUCCCCCUGUCUCGUUUUCGCCGUCUUUCUCUUUCUUGUAUUGGAUUUUCUUCACUCCACCUCCAAAAACCUUUGCUUUUUUCUCAAUUCUCUCCCUCGCCCAUUUCUCAUCAAUGAAUCUCCUCCAUCCCCAUUUCGCCAAAACGUGUUCUUUCCCCCGCCGGGCUCUCCAAUUCUGAUUGAAAACCAUGGGGCAGGGAGCUCGAUUGGGCAUUUAGUAACACAAGCAUAACUUUAUAGUCACCAACCACCAUCGCCAUCAGUAAUCAGGCAGGGGAAAUUGAAUCAUGGGCAAGCGAGGGAUUCAGUUGUUUGAUGAUAAAGGCGGCGGCUUUCUUGCAAUGUCCGGUUUGGGUUCUUCUCCUUGGAACCAGGAUGACGAUGUCAUUCAGUGCUUCCCCGGCGCCGGCGGGCUUUUCGCGACCGUCAAUCAGAUGGGGACGGGGUCCAACGGGAAUGGUGGUGGAGGUAUGAAAUCUGUUUAUAAUGAUUUAUAUGAGAAGUAUUUGUCAUUUGUGGGGUUAGAUGAGGAGGAAGGAGAGAUGGGGAAGAAGAAGAAGAGGAAAGGAUGGCGUCAAUUGAAGAUUAAGGUGAGGAAUCCUUCACUGCGAAGGUUGAUCAGCGGUGGAAUUGCUGGGGCUGUGUCUAGAACAGCUGUUGCUCCUUUGGAGACUAUAAGAACUCAUUUGAUGGUUGGGAGCAGUGGGCACACGAGCACUGAGGUGUUCCAGAAUAUAAUGCAACAUGAUGGCUGGACUGGGUUGUUCAGGGGAAACUUGGUUAAUGUGAUUCGUGUUGCACCAAGCAAGGCGAUUGAAUUAUUUGCAUAUGAUACGGUCAAUAAGAAGCUAUCUCCUGCACCAGGAGAGCAGCCUAAGCUUCCAAUUCCAUCCUCGUUGGUUGCCGGAGCAUGCGCUGGAGUGACCUCAACUCUAUGCACUUAUCCUCUGGAGUUGGUCAAGACUCGACUAACCAUACAGAGAGGUGUAUACAAAGGCAUAGUAGAUGCAUUCAUGAAAAUACUGAGCGAAGAAGGCCCUGGCGAGCUCUACCGAGGCCUAGCUCCAAGCCUCAUUGGAGUCGUCCCUUACGCGGCAACAAAUUACUUUGCUUAUGACACUCUUCGGAAGGCAUACAGGAAGCUUGCAAAGCAAGAGAAGAUUGGCAACAUCGAGACCCUGUUGAUUGGAUCAGCAGCUGGUGCUAUAUCAAGCAGCGCCACUUUCCCUCUUGAGGUGGCUCGCAAGCAUAUGCAGGUGGGAGCCCUAAGUGGGAGGCAAGUGUACAGGGAUGUGCUUCAUGCCCUAGCAAGCAUACUUGAGAAAGAAGGGGUUAAGGGUCUGUACAAAGGGCUAGGGCCAAGCUGCAUGAAGCUUGUCCCGGCUGCUGGGAUAUCGUUCAUGUGUUAUGAGGCUUGCAAGCGGAUUCUUGUGGAGGAAGACCAAGAAGCCUAGGAAGAGUUGAGAUACAUCAUUUUUAUUUUGAUUUUCUUUAUUCUCACAUACAGUUUUGUUCUUGUCCUCCCUCUGCCUGAGAAGGAUUUGUUUUCAGGGUUUAGUUCAGUUAGUUUUUUCUUUUUCUUUUUGGAAUGUUAGAAAUAGCAAGCAUAUGAUCAUUUUGUGUUAGCUACCUUUUGUUUGAGAGAAUCAAAGAGAAAUUGUUGUUUUGAAUAGCUUCGGUUGGGAUAUUUUAACAACAUUUGCAUAGCAUUAGCAGAAUGUUUCUACAAGAUAAAGUACUAUCUCGCGGAAUUGAACUUUGUCUUAGCAACUGGUACAAAGAGUCGAAGCAUCAUCCACAAGUAAGCAGAGGAAGUUUGACAGAUUUAUUUCGACUAAGCUGAGCUCUCCUCAAGGUUCUCUUCUUCAUCUUCUUCUUCUUCC